CCCCAAUCUCAUCCCCAAUCUCAUCCCCAAUCUCAUCCCCAAUUUCAUCCACAACCUCAACCCCAAUCUCAUCCCCAAUUCCAUCCCCAUUCUCAUCCCCAAUUUCAUCCACAACCUCAACCCCAAUAUCAUCCCCAAUUCCAUCCCCAAUUUCAUCCCCAAUUUCAUCCGCAACUCCAUCCCCAAUUUCAUCCCCAAUUCCAUCCGCAACUUCAACCCCAAUUCCAUCCCCAAUCUCAUCCCCAAUCUCAUCCCCAAUUCCAUCCCCAAUCUCAUCCCCAAUUCCAUCUUCACCAACACCACAACUAUUUCCAAAACCAAAAUCUGGAGCAAGGGCAAGAUCAAAAAAAACCCGAACUCCAUUUCCAACACCUCAAACAACACAUGUAUUUUUGUUUGAUGUGAUUUAA